AGCUUGAAAAAAGAAGAUGUUUACCAUACUUUCCCGCCAGCCCUGUGAACAAGCAGGCUUCAAGACUUUCUCCAGAACUCCAGUCAUUGUUGCUUUAGUGCUUCUUCUUGUCAGCGUGGUAGUGCUGGUGACUAUUACCCUUGUUCAAAUCAACCAGAGAGAAACCCUCUCUCCAGGCCUGAAGUAUGGUAUAGUGCUUGACGCUGGAUCAUCGAGAACCACGGCAUAUGUGUAUCAAUGGCCAGCAGAGAAGGAGAACAACACAGGAGUGGUAAACCAAACCUUCAAGUGUAGUGUGAAAGGCUCUGGGAUAUCCAGCUAUGGGAAUAACCCUCAAGAUGUACCGAAAGCCAUAGAAGUCUGCAUGGAGACUAUCAAGGGGAAAAUUCCCUCUCAUCUUCAUAAAACUACCCCCAUUCACCUGGGAGCCACAGCUGGAAUGCGACUAUUGAGGUUGCAAAAUGAAACGGCAGCCAACGAAGUCCUUGCAAGCAUUCAAAACUACUUCAAGUCCCAGCCCUUUGAUUUUAGGGGUGCUCAAAUCAUUUCUGGGCAAGAGGAAGGGGUGUAUGGAUGGAUAACAGCCAACUAUUUAAUGGGCAAUUUCUUGGAGAAGAACAUCUGGCACACCUGGGUCCACCCUCAUGGAGCAGAAACUACUGGUGCCCUGGAUCUAGGCGGGGCUUCCACCCAGAUAUCAUUCACCCCAGAAGAGGGGGCAGCCCAGGGUCCCGGCGACACUGUCGAGGUGUCGCUGUAUGGCUACAGGUACAGCCUGUACACACACAGCUUCCAGUGCUAUGGCCGCGAUGAAGCGGAGAAGAGGUUUCUGGCGAUGCUUGUUCAGAAUUCAACCGACAAAGCCAAUGUCACCAAUCCCUGUUACCCUCGAGAUUACGAAACUGAUUUUAAAAUGAAGCACACAUUUGGAAGUUUGUGCACUGAAGCCCUCCGACCAGCGAACUAUGACCCAGAACACCACAUCACCUUUAGAGGAUCCGGAGACCCUGCGGAGUGUCGGGAAAAGGUGUAUUCGCUGUUUGACUUCCAAGAUUGUCACGGCUGGGAUAACUGUUCCUUUGAUGGAAUCCAUCAGCCUAAAGUUAAAGGAACAUUUGUGGCCUUUUCAGGAUUCUACUACACGGUCAAUGCUUUGAAUCUAUCUGAACAUUUUUCUCUGCACACCUUUAACUCAAGCACAUGGACUUUCUGUUCACAGAACUGGGAUCAGCUUCAUCUGAUACUGCCCAAGUUUGAUGAAGUCUAUGCUCGGUCUUACUGCUUCUCCGCUCACUAUAUCUAUCACCUGCUCAUACAUGGAUACAAAUUUACUGGAGAUUCCUGGCCUAAAAUACACUUUCAAAAAGAAGUUGGUAACAGCAGCAUAGCCUGGUCCCUGGGGUACAUGCUGAACCUCACCAACAUGAUCCCAGCCGAGAGCCCUCUGAUCCACGUGCCUAUGAAGCCCCCUGUGUUUCUGGGACUGCUCAUCAUCUCCUCAGCAGUGGCCUUGCUCUGCCUGGUGUUCCUUGUUUACUUGUGUGUGGUGUCACAACUGCAGAAGACCUCUCGUCACGUCAUUGACCACGGAUUUGAUGUAGAAUGAACACCUGAUGAAUAGCCCUGAAGUCGGAGAUGUGAUCUUGGGG